CAGGACCAGAAUUCCACAGCCUGAGGAGCUCGUCAAGAGAGUCGAGGGAGUUUUCCAGCACUUUUACCUCGCAACUGAUCCAAACGGCGUUCCUCUCUUCAAGCCCUCUAUGCUGAAGACAAAUGGCGCGUUCAGCGCAUACACAUCUUGCGCGGGUGCCUGAGUGAUCCUGAGGUUGAAGGUGGGAUCUUGUACAGGCACGGAGGAACACUGCAGCUAAACCACGUGCAGGGGGGAGGUGCUAAAGUUCCUGUGUGGAUCGCCAUCAGAGGCACUUCACAGCAAGAGGGAUACCAUUUCCAUCAGGCUCAGUGGGUCACUGGAACACGCGUCUCCACAGAGCUGUUCCAAGCCCAGGGGAUGACAGGGGUGGAACGGUGGAAUUAUCAGCGCCUGGUGGACUUGAAACAGCCAGAUGUUCACCUCCCAACUGUCUUUGAUCCAGCUUUAAUGGCAGAACUAAAUGCAGUCUCUGAAAGAGUGCUGGGGCAUGUGAAGUAUGCGGCUUUUCAUUUCACUGGCAGAGACACUGGAGAGAAGUUUGGCUUGGAAUAUGUUGAGCCUGGUUGCCGCCCAGUUCCUCUAGACUGGGAUAAGCACAGGAGCAAGACAGACUUAACACCUGCCCUGAAUCCCCCUCCUCAAAGCAGCCCACCCACUGCCCAGACUGAGCUUCCUCAGUCAUCUUCCAGUUCACCAGCCAAGCUGUUUCACUUUGCUGCAUGCCCUCCUGCUGUUAAACCAGAUGGGACUCCAAGUUCAACUCCUGAGCCUCAGACAGAGCCAGAAACCAGAAGUCCGCUGUCUCUCCCCUUGCUUUCCUCACCAUCUGGUGCUCGCACUGGACCUGUGAAGACAGGUGUGAGGGUGUUUGUGUUGGACCACAAGCGCUGGCCAACCCCUAUGAAAAAGGCUAUUGACGACCUGCUUAAUAAACACCGUGGCCAGAAGGACAUGCUCAAGCUUGUAGACCAGGACUAUGCUGGUCUAGUUCACAACUCCUGUAAAGACCCAAACAGCAUGCUCCACCCAACAACCAAACUACAUAUUGCAUAGUAUUUAAAGCACCUCAGCAAACUGUUAAACACCAGCUCCUCUUUAAACACCAGCCCGGAAAAACUGCAAGAGAGGCAGGAACUCUGGCACUCUCUGACCAAGGGGAGUACGACUACCAGUGUGCCAGUUGUUACCAUGCCUGCUGCAGUUGUUAAUCCACCACCACCACCAGUGCAGACCCUGGCCACACCUCUAACUCAAGACUCUAUUGAGAAAAUAGUUAAAAACAUAAUGGACAAGCAGCAGCAACAACAGCCGGAACAAAAAAAGGCACAGACAAAAACAUGUCUUUCCUGUGGCCAGCCAAAGUCGAGGUAUGAGAAUGAUGGUUCUUCCAUCCACUUCUUUUACCAGCAAGGCCCUGUCAGGUAUUUCUACUGCUCCACUAAGGUUUUUAAAGCAUAUGGUGCUGAAGGUCUGACAAACCCAAAAAUGCCCUUUAAUGACUUUGCACAGACAGAGUUCUUUCAGCAAGAACUAGUGUUGUUGGCGAUGCCAGAUGAAAACUCAAAAAAGAAAUAGCAGAAUCUAUGUCAUUCCUUGCUUUACAACAUAUAUAACAUUGUCAGUAUAACAGAAUAAUAAUCACUUAGAUAGAUGUGUUUUGAAAAGCAAACUAUAUCAUUGCUUAGAGUGUGUGUGUUGAAACCCCCCCCAAAAAAUAACAUAUAUCUUGCUUACAUAUUAAUCUGUUUUUUUGCUUACAUACUGAUCUUUUUUGCAUUUUAUGACAGAAAGAGCUCUCAUUGAGAAACUGUGAAGAGUGUAGGAAAGCACCUAGACAGAUAAGAGCACAGGCAGGAGCUGCGGCCUUGACCGGUGCAUGCAGCUGUGUGUGUGUGCGUCUUGAAGGCACAUGUGUGGCCAUACACAGCACACGAGCUGUAGAGUUCAUGAAGUUCAUUACUGUAACGUUAUUUGUGAAGUGUUUCCUACAUUACCUUACAAGGAUAGGGAA